AUGGAUCUAAGGAAGGCUGCGGCUCUGUGUCUGGGGCUGUGGAGUGCCUGGCUCUGGGCUGGGCAGAACCCACAGGCUGCUGCUGUGCUACCCUCCUCACACAGGCUCAUGGGGGCAUCCAGGAGGGCAUUGCUAACUGGCCAGGCACUUGCCACUUUACACAGGGACUCUCACAGCCACUUAAAGUCCAGGAAGGAGCCCAACUGGAAGGGUACAGUGGUACCCCAUGAGUACAUGUUGUCUCUUUACAAACGUCUGUCCCGCACUGAGCAAAGAGGACUGGAGUCAAAUUUAACUCGGGACAAGUCAAGGGCUAACACAGUCACCAGCUUUGUAGACCAAGGAAUAGACGAUGAAAUUCUUGUAAAUUCUCCAGAGCAGAAAUACCUGUUUGAUACCAGUAGUUUGCCUGAAAUGGAUGAAAUUGUGGAUGCAGAAAUUCGGAUCUUGCCUAAACUUCCCCAAAACAUAAGUCAAGUUUUGUCUGAAGCUGAGAACCUAAUGCAUUUUCAUAUCUACACCUGCCCUACCCGUUGGAAAGAACCGAGGCUUCUAGAUUCUAGAUCGGUAGAUCUUCUAGACUAUACAGAACCCAAGUGGGAAGUCUUCAAAGUCUGGAAGGCCAUGGGCUACAGAAAACAACCCUUGUGUUUAAUGCUGAAGAUGUAUUCUGAUCUCAAGGAGACAUAUUUACCACCAGCGCAAUGGGGAUUUAACAGACAGGGGCAACCGGCUAAUGAAAAGGCUUUGUUGGUGGUCUACUCCAAUUCUAAGAGGAAGGAGAACCUCUUUAAAGAGAUCAGGGACAAAGUAAAAUCAAUGGGUAACCCUAAAUUACUGGAGCCACCUGAUUCUGGUGAGAUGUCCAUGACCAAAAGAAGAAGAAAAAGGUCAACUCUACCCACCAGGACACACAAUGGAAAAGGGCAUGGUAAGAGGUCCAAGACUAGAUGCAGCAAGAAGCCCUUACAUGUUAAUUUUAAGGAGUUAGGCUGGGAUGACUGGAUCAUAGCACCACUGGAUUAUGAGGCUUAUCACUGCGAAGGGGUUUGUGAUUUCCCUUUGAGAUCCCACUUGGAACCCACCAAUCAUGCCAUCAUCCAAACCUUAAUGAACUCCAUGGACCCUGAGUCCACCCCACCAAGCUGCUGCGUUCCUUCCAAACUCAGUCCUAUCAGCAUUUUAUACAUAGACUCUGGUAACAACGUGGUGUAUAAACAGUAUGAGGACAUGGUGGUGGAAAACUGUGGAUGCAGGUAGCAGUAGAUGACAAUAUGUGUGACCUAUACAAUCAGCUCUGUGUAUGUAAUCUAUUUCACCCAUUUACCCAGUACUAGAGAUGUGGGACCAACCUACCACUCUUCCCUGGCACAGGUUUUAAGAAAGCCACCGAUAGGUGACCCACUAACAAUUACAGAGUGGGUGAGGGUUAGAUGGAGUGGGGGUGUUCUCCAUCUACAAGGUUUCUACAAGUACAAAUACAUAAUGCCUUAAUAUUAUCCCAAGUAUCAACAAUACAUAUGUAACAGCCAGCAAACAGAAUUAUUAUAGAAAUUAUACAACUUACUGGGGAACAGGGUCAGGCUGAAUGCUGACCUCAAUCCCAAAGGCACUAUUUGGUCCAUGUAACCAUUUCAAUGCUGGAGUGAUCUAUCCAUCCAUCGGUUUAACUCAGCCAGGACUGUUAUUAUAUUAUAUAAAAUAUUUUUUUUUAAUUAUAUUAUUUUUCUGUUUCUCCCAUGUGUCAUUAUUUUAAAAGUUUUGUUUUAGUUUAGGUGCAAAAUACAAUAUUUUUAAUUUAGGGGAUUAGUGCAAAAAUUAUUCAUUUUCUAUGAAUAAUGUAUGAUGGAUUAUGCGUUUGAUGGGAAAUCUCGGAUUUUAGCAUAAAUUGGGUGAAACAGCAAAUUACAAAAAAAAAAAGUUGGUUCGAAUGGUUUUAUUAAUAGGAUAUGGGGACUGAAUGUCGGCUACAUUUUAAAUA